CACAUCGACCCACUGACCGGGAGCGCGCACCAGCCGAAGAUGUGAUUGCGGCUUCACGGAUAGCGAGAGAGGGAGUCCUGUACCGCAUUACACGAAAUAACGAGCACAGGCACACACUUACACACAUGCUACUGCAGAGCUGACACACACAGCGGAGAAAAGAGAGGGAACAGCGAAAUAUCUGCGGUCACGCCACUGGCACGCAGGUGCUGCUGUUUCAUUUUCUAAACAGUGUUGUUCUCUGCUGACGUGACUGGUGUCAGAACUUCUCUAGUCUCUGUGCUGAAUGGCUUUUGGAUGUUGAUGGCUGACAUCUGACCUCGAGCAAGUCCAACAUUACAGCUUUGCUCCAAUUGACCCUGCUCCCCAGGGUAGUGAGUCAGAGCCGUAUCAGGAGUUGUGACAGGAGAGGAGAGCCAAUCAGAGGAGAGAGAGAUGUUGGUGCAGGGCGGGCCUUGGGUCCUGUCUGUCAUGUCUUUGCUCCUGCUGCUGUGGCAAGAAGUGUCUGCUAUCGAGGUUCCUCUUGAUCAAAAGAUCCAGCAGGACUUGAAGCAGCCUCCCACCAUAAUGAAACAGUCAUUGAAGGACUACAUUGUUGAUCCUAGAGACAACAUCAUCAUUGAAUGUGAGGCCAAGGGGAACCCCGUGCCAACGUUCUCAUGGCGAAGGAACGGGAAGUUCUUCAACGUGGGGAAGGAUCCACGGGUGACGAUGCGGAAGCGCUCGGGAACGCUGGAGAUUAGCUUCCGGAGCGGAGGGAGGCCAGAGGGCUAUGAGGGGGAAUACCAGUGUUUCGCUUCUAACGACUUUGGAACGGCGCUGACCAACAAGAUCCUACUACGAGUGUCCAAGUCCCCUCUGUGGCCUAAGGAGGUGUUGGAGCCAGUGGUAGUGGCUGAGGGUUCUUCCCUGGUCUUGGCCUGUAACCCUCCUCCAGGCCUACCCCCUCCACACACCUUCUGGAUGAACAGCGACAUGAUGUCUAUAACCCAAGAUAGGCGUGUGUCCAUGGGUCUGAAUGGAGAUCUGUAUUUCUCUAAUGUUCUGGCUAAAGACUCCCACACAGACUACAGCUGCAACGCCCGGUUCCUCUUCACACACACCAUCCAGCAGAAGAACCCCUACACACUCAAAGUGCAGACCAGUCGUAAGGUAGCAGAGACCCCCCCUAACUUCCUCUCCCCCACGGGGACUGACAGCUCAAGGAUGAUGGUGCUGAGAGGACAAAAACUACAGCUGGAGUGUAUCGCUGCCGGAGUUCCCACCCCCAGUAUAAAGUGGUAUAAGAAGGGAGGAGACCUGAACCAGAAGGUGAAGCUAGACAACUUCAAUAAGACUCUGCGUAUCGACAGCGUGUCAGAGGAGGACGCAGGGGAGUACAUGUGUAUGGCCAACAAUCAGAUAGCAAGCAUCCGACACUCCAUCUUUGUCCAGGUUAAAGCGGCUCCCUAUUGGCUGGACAAGCCGUUCAACCUGGUGUUAGCGCCGAAUGAGAACAGUCGUCUGGUGUGUCGGGCCAAUGGGAACCCCAAACCACUCAUCCAGUGGCUGGUCAACGGAGAGCCUAUGGAGAGUGAUAGCUCCCUGCCAAACCCCAGCAGAUCGGUGGUAGGUGACACCAUCAUCUUCCACUCUGUUCAGAUCGGCAGCAGCGCUGUGUACCAAUGUAACGCCUCCAAUCACCAUGGUUACCUGCUGGCCAACGCUUUCGUCAGCAUACUGGACAUGGCUCCCAGGAUGCUUGGUGCUAAGAACCAGCUAAUAAAGGUGAUAGAGAACAACAGAACCUUCCUGGACUGUCCCUUCUUUGGCUCGCCCCUCCCUGAGCUACGUUGGUUUAAGAAUGGUCAGGGCAGUGGUCUAGACGGUGGCCAAUACCGAGCCUACAUCAACGGGAGCCUAGAGAUCAAGCGUGCGCGGGUUGAGGACCAGGGGACAUACACCUGUCUGGCCAGGAACAUCCUGGGCAAGGAGGAGAACCAGGUCCGACUGGAGGUCAAAGAACCGACCCGUAUCGUCAGGGCUCCAGAGCACCAGUCAGCAAUUAGAGGCACCAUGGCUCGUUUUGACUGCCGGGUCAAAUCAGACCUCACCCUGCCCAUCACUGUUACCUGGCUGAAGGAUGACAAGCCCCUCUCUCUGGGAUGGAGGUUGAAGAAGGACGAGGAUUCCCUGUCCAUCCCUGAUGUCCACGAGCAGGAUGAGGGAACAUACACUUGUACCGUUAAAUCAGAGAUCGACCAAGACACUGCCUCAGCACGCCUUACUGUGUUAGAAUACUUUUUCAGCUCAGGUACUGACCACUCAGGUACUGACCACUCAGUCGAGCCUACAGACGUCUCCGUGUCUACAACUGUCCCUCCUCCUCCUCCUCCCACUACUUCCGCUGCUACUACAACCAUUAGUAGUACUACUACUACUACUACUACUGCUACUACUACUACUACUACUCCACCUGCUACCACAACUGCUUCUACUACUGCUACCACUCCUGUGUUGGUCACCAGCACCAAACAAGCAGAUACAAAUGUGUUGGUAGGCAUGGCUCCUGGGAGGGUGAUCAGGAACCUGACGGUGAAGCCUAACAGUAACUACGCUAACGUCAGCUGGAACCACAACUUCCCGGCCGGCAGCAGCGAGUUCCAGCUAGAGUUCACACUGGACAGCAAUGGCAGUGUGUCAAGCGUACCAGUGAACCAGCCGCCCAUUAAGCUGGCGGGGCUGAUCGAAGGGGCCAAGUACCGCCUGAGGGUGUACUCCAACGAAUACCACAGCAUCUCCAGCAAUGUUGUCACCUUUGAGACCAGCGCAGCCUACAUUAAAGACCAGGUGGACAUUGCUGCCCAGGGCUGGUUUAUCGGGCUGAUGUGUGCCAUCGCUCUCAUCAUCCUCAUCCUCCUCAUCGUCUGCUUCAUCAAGAGGAGUCGCGGAGGCAAAUAUCCAGUACGAGAUAAAAAAGAUCUCCCUCUGGAGGGAGUGGAUCAGAAGGGAGAGGAUGGAUCAUUUGACUACCACAGCGACGAGGACAACAAGCCUCUGCAGGGCAGCCAGAACUCUCUGGAUGGCGGUGUGAAGGAAAGUGACGACAGCCUGGUGGACUACGGCGAGGGAGGGGAUGGCCAGUUCAACGAGGACGGCUCCUUCAUCGGUCAGUACACCGUCAAAAAGGACAAGGAUGAGACGGAAGGUAACGAGAGUUCCGAGGCCACUUCACCCGUCAACGCCAUCUACUCGCUGGCAUAGUCCCCCUGCCCGGCCUGGCCUGGGGAUCUGAGGAACUCCCCCUGGCGGUCAGAGGGUGAUAUUACUAUCACUACUACUACUACCACACACACAGACACAUACGCAAACACACACAUAUGAAUAUAAGUGUAUUAAUAUAUAAAACACAUAUACACAUGUAAACACACGCAGCACCUGCCUGGAGACUGUUUGACCUCUUAAAGCGGAGGGAGAAACCAUUCCUCUAAGAAUUAAGGGGGUGUGAAUGGAAUGGAGUUGAAAUUACUGUGAGCCAAGCCUUGACGUUCGACCUUGACGUUCUAUAGAAAUGGCGUGCCAAGGUGAAGUUUGGGAACCUUCAACAGUACCAGUCUCUCUAUGCUCUUCCUUCUGCCCCUCACACAGACUGAGUGUGCCUAACGGGCAAGCCUCAGUUGUAGAGGACUAGGAGGAAACGCCAAGGUUUUCAACCAUUUUGUGUGGCUCUAGAGCUUUCUUUGUUUUCAACGUACUCAGCUUUCCCUCCAAACCCCUCUCUUUCUCCCCACAAAACAUCCUCACGCCCCCCUGUGUCUUUACCGAGCGUCCCUAGGGAAGGAGACACAGACACUCGUCCUGUGAGCAUAUCAGCUACGGACCACCAACAUAGCAGGAUGUUGGCAGAUAUGUUUAUCACAUUGAUAUUUCCACAGAGAAAGAUGUUUUUUUUUGUUCUCAGUUGAUACAGGAGAUGGGUCAUUUGAAUAUAUGAAUGCUGUAAACAGUGCUAGCUCACCUUCUAGUUCGCUGCAAAACUAUGCAUUACCACCACCUCAUGUUUUUGGGUAAAGUCUGGUUAUUAAUUCAAUUGUUUAUUUUUCAGUGUUGACUCACAGGUUUAAAGAAGAAUAACCUGCUUAAUGAAAUUCUAUCAUUCCCUCCAAACUCAAGUCACGUGGAGAUAUUAAAAACGGCCAUAGCUAUAGCAAUACUAUUCCUGCCUCAAGCUUUUUUUAUAGUACAAGCCACUACUAAUAUAUCAGUUAUAAAUGACAUAAAAAAAUAUAUUUUAUUUUCAAGCAUGGUAGUACUUUAGUGCAAGAGACCUAGGACAAAUAGCUUGGAGAGGAGGUUUUACCUGCUUUGCUGUUUGUACAUCUCUAUGGCGACUGGCACUCCGAGGAUGUGACUCACUUCCUGUUUACUUCAUGGUUAGCAUGGCUGUGAUCCUUAGGCUUGAUCGGCACACCUUUUGUAUGUUUCUUUUAUAACAAUUGUUAGAGGCAGGCUGAAUCUGCAAAGGCAGGACUUCUCAACCCUUCAGAACUUAUUUAGCAUCCUAAUUGACUGUUGAACAACUCAAAAUAAAACCAAAACAUAUUUUAUGUCUUUGAAUAUAGGUUACAGACAACUCUGUGAAGGUAUUGAACAUUGAACGUCCCUGCAGAUUCUGCCUGGCCUUAGUCAUCAUUGACAUGCAGCCAUUAUGUCAAGGAAGUGUGAAGAAGUUGGGGUGCACCAAUACAGUAGUGGACCGUCAUUUUACCAAAGAUACUGAUACAGUGGUGGGCUGCCAUUUUACCACCGAUACUGAUACAGUGGUGAACCGCCAUUUUACCAUUUGAUCUUUUCAUUAGUAGAACUCACUAAUGAGUCUUCCUUGAUGUUUCACCUCUUAAAGUGGCAGAAAGCUCAGCACCCAUAUUUACAACUUAUUACAACGGCACUACUAAAGUCUUUCAUGUUAAAUCAAAUAGAUCUUAGCUAAUCAAUGACAAUUAGCUAACGGACGUCACAUUGUAUUUCAGGUGUGUAUUUCAUGUUUUAAUUGAUUACAUUAUGUUUAUAGUAUUCAUUAAUAUAUUAGUAAUUCACUUAUUAAUUGUUGACCAACUGACUUGAUGGUCUCACAUCAGAACCAACUCAGAACCCACGAUAAAGAACUUUACUGAAUUUGAUAUUGUAAAAAAAUUACCGUAUGACAUCUUUUGUGGCGAAGGGUGUUUCUGCUGUAAACUCGCAACAUUCACUGUAUGUCACCAUUAAAGAGGUUGUGUUGAUCUAUUUAUUGUGCUGCUCUUCAUGUUGAGUAUUCAUGUUAUAUUACUGUUAGUAUUCCAUGUUGGUAUUAUCAUUUAUUUAAUAUACAUUUCACAUAAUACAGGAAUGUAACAUUGCAUUUGUCAUACUGUAGCUGUGGGUACACGUACUGUAGGUCCUGAAAAAAAUAUGUCUGUAAAUAUCCAUGAGAAAAACAGCUUGAUGAGUAAAAGAAAGAAUCACACAUCUGUAUCCACCAAGCAAAUGUACCAGGUGCAUCUCAUGAUUGGGACUCAAAAUGACUUCAUCAAUGUUGUCCCGAAGAACUUGCUUUGAAAUGUUAAUAGAUGGCUUGUGUCUCUCUGUCGGUAACUUUUCUGAUCAUCACUAAUUCAAAAGAAACAGUUGAGAAUGAACAGUAUAUUGUGGAAGAGGUAUACAGUAGGCCUAGUCAGCCCCUUUAUGGUGUAAAUUAAAGUGCUCAUGAAAUGUAUCAUUGUAGCAUUCUCUGCACACAUGUUCAAAGCAUAUAAAAAAAAAUGCAUUUGCUGAGUUACCGAAUAGCCAAUUUCCCCCUAUUUUGUUUGUUUUUGUAUUAAGGCAACUUUCUCAAGGCUGCACAGACUCAUCAUGCCUUUCACCUAACAUGCCUGCUGCUCCACCCCUCCUGGUGACAGCCCAGUAACUGGUGGCCAUUUUGAAAGGGAUACAUUUGGUCCUGUGCUUCACUCCUUCAAAGAGAUGUCUUUUGUCCUGCCUUCAUCCUCACCUAAGUCUUAAAAAAAAGAAUAUACUGUAUGUCCACCAACCGCCUCUGUGAACUGGUCCUCUUUAUAACCUCCUCCUUUCUCCAGCUUCUCAAAGCAAUAUCCGCAUAGAAUUUUGACCCAUUUGUUUUUUAUGUUGUUGCUUUGUGAUAAAGUUCACCAUGACCUCUGGGUACAGUUGCCUACCAUCUACAGACACCUGACCACUGUAUAAACAUGAGGAAACAGGAGGCCAGGAGUGCUGGCAGAGACACAAUACAGUGCCCUUCCUGUUGCUAAAUGCUCUUCUAAACAAAGCAAGACUAAGCGCACAGAGAGACCGUCCACUCUCAAAUCUUCAACAAACCUUAAAGACUGCUGAAUCACGGAAUGUUCGAUGACGGAUUUAGAACUUCUAGUUCAGAACUUUAGCCUUGAUAUCACCGUUGUUUGUGUUCGGGUCACGAUACUGUACAAGCUCUUUCCCUAGACAGCAUUUGUCCUUUCCCUGUGUGGAUCCUAAAGGGGGAAUUAGUGAACUGGCUAGAAAACAAUAAAAAGAGAAUUAUGAAUA